ACCUCGCGCAGUGAUGGCGGGAUUUCGCGCGUGUCUGCUGGCCGCGGCCGUAUGCGCUUAUGCGCUUUCAGAAGAGAUCGUGUCCACACCAAAACCGAAAAAGGUUUUGGACACGGUCAUGAACCCUUCGUACAUUCCUGCCGAAGAAAAACAUGGUAGCUACUGGAGGAAGCUGGCAUCUACCACCUUGAAGGCCAAGCUGAAGGAGACCCCCAAUACGAAUAAGGCGAAGAAUGGGAUCUUGUUUAUAGGAGAUGGAAUGUCAAUUACCACAGUCAUGGCGGCCAGGACAUUUGCGGGGCAGUUGGAUCGAGGACUUGGGGAGGAGAAUGUGCUGGAAUUUGAGAAGUUCCCCGUCACUGGGUUGGCUCGGACAUACUGCCUGGACGCACAAGUGGCGGAUUCAGCCUGCACUGCCACGUCAUACCUCUCAGGCGUUAAGACCAAGUAUGGCGUCAUCGGCCUGGACGGCAACGUCACCAGAGGGUCCUGCUACCCUCAGCUGUAUAAGGGCAACAGGGCCCUCUCUAUUGGCGAAUGGGCGUUAAAAGAAGGACUGGACGUUGGUCUAGUAACAACAACGCGUGUGACCCACGCGUCUCCAGCAGGGAUGUACGCGCACACUUCAGACAGAAACUGGGAGGCGGACGCCGACGUGCCCGAGGAGUGCUUAGCGCUCGGCUGCAAGGACAUCGCCCACCAGCUCGUCAUGGGCUACCCUGGGAAGCACUUCAAGGUCAUCAUGGGCGGAGGCCGCAAGGAGAUGCUUCCCAACAUGUCCAGCGCGCUCGGUCCCAGCACUGGGCGGAGGCUAGAUGGGCUGGACCUGACGGAGGUGUGGCAUGAGGACAAGGUCCGGAGGAACGCCACUCAUCAGUACGUGACUGAUAGGAAUGAACUUUAUAAGGUCUAUAACUCCGACGAGCUUCCAGAAUACCUAAUGGGCCUGUUCCAUGACGACCAUAUGAGCUACCACCUGCAGGCUCAGAACCAGCCCACCCUUGAAGAGAUGGUGGAAGUCGCCAUCAAGAUGCUGAGCAGGAACGAGAAAGGAUACUUCUUGUUCGUUGAAGGUGGAAGAAUUGAUCACGCCCAUCACGACAGCUUAGCACACCUGGCCCUCGACGAGACAGUAGAAUUCUCCAAAGCUAUCAAGAAAGCGAAAUCCCUUACGAGUGAGCAGGACACCCUGAUCGUCGUCAGCUCCGACCAUGCCCACACUAUGACGGUAGCUGGGUAUCCUUCAAGAGGCAACGAUAUCCUGGGAACGGUGGACACGGCCACUGGUGCAGAUAAUAUACCGUAUACUACUAUAAGUUAUGCCAAUGGGAAGGCUGAUUCCAUUGGUGCUGAUGGGAAGAGGGUCGAUGUGACGCUGCAUCAGCAGUUUAUGAAUCGUGACUUAGGUUACUCCUACCCAAGCUUAGUUCCCCUCGACUCCGAGACCCACGGUGGAGAAGACGUAGCCGUCUUCGCAGCAGGACCCUGGCAGCACUUGUUCACCGCCAGCUACGAACAGAACCUCCUGCCCCAUAUGAUGGCAUACGCCAUGUGCAUUACAGAAGACAAGCACAGCAACUGUGCACCAAAGAUAAAGGAAAGCCGCUUCUGGACGACGGGAGCUGGAUCCAGGAGUAAAGCGUCGUAUGUUAGUUUACUGACUGUGAUAGUAACGUUAAGGUAUUUUUACUGAAGUAUUAUGGAGGCAAGUGUUAGUAAGUUGAUCUUAAGUUGAGUUGGAAGCUUACAAAAUAUUGACUUUUGAACGGAUUGUCUGAUUUAGCACGAGAGGCCGUCGUUUUUUAUGUCACAGUCAAUUUAUUCCAACUCAUGGUUUUAGUCAAACAUCGAGAGAGGUUUAUGAAUACGAGCCUCAAUUUUGUUGUUACCUAUUACAUCAAAUAAAUUUCAUGGAUUUGUUUGGUGAUACUGUGUCCAUGUGUGUGAUGGAUGGAACAAUAGGGUGAGAUAUACAUACAUACAGGGUGACAGUAACUCACCCAGUAGAAACUAACGUAAUAGAAUAAUUAAUAAAAUACACUUUUGUUCCUUUUAAAUAAAUAUUUACCUAAUGUACCUAUUUAUGUAAAUUAUAACACUGGAAGUAUAUUUUUACCCUUCAAUAAGUGAAGUCAGGAAGUCCAAUGUUUUCAUAGGUUCAAAAUGAGAACCAAAACUUGUACAUAGAUUUAUCUAAGAUCCUUCAUUACGAAAUUGAACUAAGUAACUUUAAAAUGAAAUUGGAAGUGUUCUUUUGUGAUAUGUUACGAGUACAGUCGCCUCAGACUGUUCAUUUUUUUGGUAAAAAAAAUUUCUAUGUACAGUUUGCGUCAUAUAGUUCGUGGUACCCAAAGUGAAUGAAACUUUCUUAUUCCAAUUGUAGGUAACUAAGGCCCGGUUUUUUGAUUCGUAGUUAAAAUAACCAAUGGUCAAAUUUGACAGAUGUCAAAUGACAAGUGGUUAAAUAUCAGAAACUAAUGUUUUUCAAACAAUGGUUAACUUGACUUUUAGUACAUUUUUUGUGUACAUUUUGUUAAGAGCCAUUUUACAUUUUCGUGCGAAUUUCUAAGAUUUUGGAAGCAUGAAUUACUAUUUUAAGCAACACCCAGAGAUUAUUUAAUAACUGCGAAAGAUAGGUCAAUCCUUGGUGUUGACCAUUAAUGAAACGGAUUUACUAAAACUCUUUUGCUUAAUUCACAGUGCCCCAUCUCCCACAACCAUUUUACGGAAAAAUUGCCGCAGACUCAUUUUCAAAGUCCUGUAUCUAUUAUUUACGCUCAUAUAAUAAGCUUAAAAAUAUAUAGUAAUCAUCGGACAUAUAUUCUUGUAGUCCAUUAAUGAAAUAGAUUCUUGAAUUUCAUUACCAUUAUUGAGUAAAAUCUAAAAAUAAUUUGGCAAAUUUGAAGAUUAACGUCACAUUUUGAUCGUGGUUUUUGGUUUAAAAACACAGCAAUAACUGCAAUAAAAGUAUCCCAAAAUAAAGAAUAUUCAUUGUAGAAUUGAUUUCUACAGUUAUUGUUUAAAUAUUAGUAACCACUUUGUCAAAAUAUUGAUGUGAAUAUCAGUAUAAAUUACAAUACGCAAGCCGACAUCGAUUAGUAUGGCGCGAGCGCCCGUCAAGGUAGGACCUGUGUCAUUUUUCCCGCCGUGACGUUUACGUGCGUUCGUGUCGUGAAGCGGUGAUUUGUACGGCGACCAAAUGCAUUUGAUACUAUGCCGAGAGGCUGUUUCGAGUCGGCCGGCCGAGCAGAAAUUGAAAUGAUGAAUUUUAAUUUCUUUGACGGAUCUGGGUGUAACUAUGUAUAAUAUGUAGGUACCAUGUAUUUAAUUUAAUAAAUAAAUUAUAAAAAAGUAUAUCCAUUAUGCUAGCACCCUUAACACAAGCAUAUUGGUUGCCUACUUUUGGACUAGAUGGCGCUGUGAAAUUGUCCAAAGAUUUGUUUAUUUAUUUAUCCGCUUUGAGUUUUGUUUCGUGAAGAAGAAAAAGAAGCGUUUUGUUUCGAGAGUGAAGCUUUGAUGUUAAAUCUAUACUAAUAAAAGAGGAAA